CAAUUGUCAUUCCCAUUCUCGUUUUCAUUCACUUUUUAUUUUUGAAUCAAUGGAGUAUCGGUAUCUUGGAAAGAGUGGCCUCAUGGUCUCAUGCCUUUCCCUUGGCGGAUGGGUUACUUAUGGAGGCCAAGUUGGCCCUGAAAUUGCUCAACAGUGCAUGAAGACUGCAUUUGAUCUGGGCAUCAACUUUUUUGACACGGCUGAGGUUUACUCAGGUGGUCAGUGUGAGAUUGACAUGGGUGUUGCCAUCCGCAAGUUUGGAUGGAAGCGCUCAGACUUGGUUAUCUCAACAAAGAUCUUUUGGGGAGGCAAAGGCCCUAAUGACCGUGGAUUAUCUCGUAAACAUAUCAUCGAAGGAACGGAUGCUUCGUUGAAGCGUCUGCAAUUAGAUUAUGUUGAUCUAUUAUAUGCUCACCGUCCAGAUCCUGAUACUCCCAUGGAGGAGAUUGUCCGCGCUUUCAACCAUGUCAUCAAUCAAGGCAAGGCCUUCUACUGGGGCACAUCUGAAUGGAGUCCACAACAGAUUACGGAAGCCCAUGCUGUCGCCCAGCGUCUAAACUUGAUUGCACCCUUGAUGGAACAACCGCAAUAUAACAUGUUCCAUCGAGACCGUGUUGAAAAGGAUUACUUGCCCUUGUUCAAGAACUUUGGCAUGGGUGCAACUAUUUGGUCUCCUUUAGCCUCGGGUUUACUCUCGGGAAAGUACAACGCCGGGGUUCCACAUGACAGCCGUCUUGCAAUUCAAGAUAAUGCAGUGAUGAAGCGUCUCCGAGAUGGACUUGACUCUGAAGAUGGUCGGGUCAAGCUUUCAAAAGUCUCGAAUUUAGGCAAUAUUGCAAAGCAACUGGAUUGCUCGACCGCACAAUUGGCGUUGGCCUGGUGCUUAAAGAACCCCAAUAUCUCUUCCGUGAUCACAGGCGCGUCCAAGCCAUCACAAAUCGAAGAGAACGUCAAGGCUCUUCGGGUGGUCCCUCUUCUCACAGAUGAGGUCAUGGCGAGUAUCGAGGAGAUCUUGCUGAACAAACCAGCAUCGGAUUAUAACUUCCGCUCUUCGUAACCAUAACAAGGAACAAAAGAAAAAAAAGGGAUAUUGAUAAUAAUUUCGGCAAGAAUAUCAGUCUUGUUAUAUUUUCUAAAUUAGAAUAGUUUGCUUGGCUCGUUUUUUCUUAACAAAAUAAAUGAUCACAUCCC